UCGAUUGUUUCAUCAAUUGUUUCGACUGGGCGUAAAUCGUGUGUGGAUCGUACGUUGUACAAAAUAUCACAGAUUUCAAUAUCACAGAAAUAUCACAGAGGAAAUUCAUUAUUCGCAAAUUUUAAGAAAAAAUUGAUUAGAUUGACAAUGGAAAAAAAAGUAUAUUGUUUAAUUGAAGGCCGUUGCAAAUGCAUUAAGUUUAUGCCUGAAGAAAACACAUCAGAAAUUGAGAUUAUCCGACGCAAACUGAAGGAAGCCAGUAAAACUGACAAUGUCCUUAAUAUGAUGCUGCAACAAAAAAUGAUAAUUUUACAAAAACCUGAUCCAGAUCGAGAUAACAAGUUGUGUGAUUUGGAAGACAACGACGAAGUUGCUGACAAAAGUGAGAUUACAGUGCUACUGAUACCAGUGCGUGCAAACAUUACAACAGAAUUAAUAGACUCUUUUUCUUCCGUUCAUAAAGAUAAUGAGUCUAUCGUAAAAAUAUUAUAUACAGAGCCUAUUGAUGAUGGUAAUAGUUCGUCUAAUCUAGUAGAUAUUCAACAAUCAGCCUGCUACUCGGAUAUAAAAGAAGAAAAUGAAAAGGAAAAGUAGAUAAGCUUCUAAUCGAUUGUCCAAGCAGUUCAAACGAUCUAAAACUGAAGACAACAUGAUACAUUCAGUAAAGCCACAAGUGACAGGACCUGGUUCCAUUCGUUAUCCAAUAAUUUUACCAUCUAUUACAUCAGAUUUGCAAAAAAAAUUGGACGAUAUUGGAUUAUUAAAGGCUCAGAAGAACUUUAUAGCAUUCUGGGCUGCACAUUUGUCUUAUGUGACAAAUCAGUGGCCGACAAAGUCGGAUUAUCAAAAUUUUGCUCAAAGUAUUGUU